AUGAGAAAUAGAAAUGAAUUUGGAUAAUCAUUUAAAAUGAAUGCUCAAAUACCUAAAAUAGAUAAAACUCCAGUUAAAAGAAAAAGUUGUGAAUGUUCUGAAUGUGGUUUAGUAAAUAAAAAAAUGAAAUAUAUUGGUUCUAUUAUCUAAUAAUUUCAACCAUAUUUCAAUGUAGCUUAUAAAUUAUUUGAAAAUGAAAGAAAGAAUUAGGAAAAAUAAACUAAAAUUCAAUAAUAAAAAUAGUUAAGAUUGAGAAAUAAGAGACAUAAUCAUAAUAAAGAUAUGUUAAAAAGAGCAGUCAAUGUUAUUUCAUUUUAAGAAACUUUUACUAAUAAUAGAAAAAGAAAUGUAGAACUACCUCCUAUCAAUAUGAGCUCUUUAAAAGAGAUUAAAAAUAAUUAAUCCAGUAAUUUACUAUAGAUAUUACCUCAAAGAAAAAUGUGGGAUAAACGAUAAACUACAAUAAAGUUUUAAUAUAAAUAAAAUAUUGGUCAUAAUCAAAGAUGUUACUUGCCUGCUACUCCAUUAGAUUCUCAUCUUGUCUUUAGAAUUAACAAAGUCAUUUACUAAUCAUUUAUUUUAAAACAUCAGUAAGGAACAGUUGAUGAUUUUAAUUUUAAAUUACGAAUUAAUGUUUUUGAUGAAAAAUAAGAACCUUUACCAAUUAAGCAUUAAUUAUUGGUUCCUACUAUUAGAUAAGAAGAAGACUAUGAUGAAGACGAGUCUAUGGUAGAAUCAAUUCAAUAGAUGCCUAUAAAACAUAAACCUAAUAAAGAUGAAUAAUAUAAGCAAAUAUUGAAAUAUAAUAAAAGAAGUUUUGCUAAUUUAGUUGAAUAGGCCUAACUUACUGAAAGGAAAGCUAUUCAAAAUUUAAUUAAAAUUAGUAUAGAUAUACAUCUUAAAUAGAUAAUAGUCAUAAAAUAUUACCACUAAUAUUUGAUUAAUAACCAUUACCAAUUUAUAUGAUACAUAGUAAUUAUUUAGAUGCUCAAAAGACAUCCAAAAGUAAUAGGCUUAUUAAAUUAGAAAAAUUAUAGCCAGCAAUUCUAAAGUAAUAAAAAUAUUAAAUUUUAGAUCAUAAAGUCAGCAUGUUAAGAUAAUAAAUAAACAUAAAAAGAACUUAACAGCUGGUUCAGUAUUAUUAAGAUUAUGA